GCAUAAUGUCUGGCGAUAAACGAGUUCACACCUCUGUCCCUGACACAGAGACGGCAAUAGAUAGAAACUUGCCCGAAUUUCCUGCAGCGAAGCCUAUUGACGAGGAUAAUUAUUUCAGGCUUCAUAAACCUCCCCCUUACCUUUCUCAGAUAUCCAGAGAUGUUGCAGAGUUCAUCAAUUACCACCAUCUCCAAAAGCGCAAAAUUGUGCUGGUCACUUCGGGAGGUACCACGGUACCUUUAGAGAACAACACUGUCCGGUUCAUUGACAACUUCAGUGCGGGGACAAGAGGUGCUACUAGCGCAGAGUACUUUUUGGAAAAUGGAUACGCAGUGGUAUUUCUCCACAGAGAAUUCUCCCUGCUUCCUUAUUCAAGACACUACAGUCAUACUACUAAUUGUUUUCUAGAUUAUAUGACAGAGUCAGAAGAUGGGAAAGUGGAAGUCAAUGCCGAGUUCCAGAAAGAGAUGAUUGUUGUGCUCCGCAAAUAUAGACACGUACAGAACAACAACUUGCUUUUACUCGUCCCAUUCACUACUGUGCACCAAUACCUAUUCACUUUGAAACUCAUUGCGCAAGAACUUUCGGUGAUUGGUUCCGAUGCACUCUUUUAUUUAGCGGCAGCGGUCUCGGAUUUCUUUCUUCCUUCCUCUAGAGUUCCUGAGCAUAAAAUCCAGAGUCAAGAAUCAGGAGGGAAAUUGGUGGUCGAUUUGGAGCCUGUUCCCAAGUUUUUGAGCAGACUUGUGGACUCAUGGGCCCCGAUUUCUAUGAUAGUAUCGUUCAAGUUGGAAACCGACAGUUCAAUCUUGAUUAAAAAAUCGAAAGGCGCACUUGAAAGGUAUAACCAUCAGCUGGUUAUCGGCAAUUUGCUGCAGACCAGAAAACACGAGGUUGUAUUUGUUACCAAAGAUAGCGAAAGAUGGGUCCGUUUGUCACAAGACCAGGUGGAUGCAGGUAUUGACAUUGAGUCUCUCAUAAUCCCCGAGGUUAUCGAAUUACACAAAUCUUCCAUCGAAGAGAAGAAAAAAAUGGGUUUGUAGACUCUGUCUAUAUCUAUUAGCCAUUGAAUUUACAGGAAUGAUAAACCAAUUCCAUACUGAAUACCUUUGCGCACUUCAUCCCCGUUGUGUAUCGCGAUCGGCAGAGUGAAGUUGAGUUCAAAUCUUGCUGCUGGAUGAGCAUACACAAUUCCAAAUCCUAUCGUGGUAUUGAGCUGAUUGAACAAACUGGACAAGCCCCAAGCAGGUUUGGAAAUGUCCAAGUUAAUUAACUUACCCGAGUUGAGAAAGUAGUGAAGCUUGAAGUUUGAGUCAGACGACAGGAAUGGUAUGCGUUGGAAGAGACUGAGCCCAUAACUAAAACAUGCAUCACCUCCUAUGCUGAGCCCCAUUUGCUUAGGUCCCAUGCCUGAUGUCCAAAAACCACGAAUGUCAUUAGGCCCACCAGAUUGGAACUUGUCCAUCGGGUGAAUAAGAGCAUUGUUCAGGCCCUUGAUGAAUCCCAAUUUCGUAGUCAUGCUCAUACUCAAAGAAUUGGUGAUCUUGAGAGCCUGUGAAAGUUGCAAAGUGGUCUUCAAGAAAGUGGAUGCAGGAAGAAAAGAAUAUUCAGUGGUAGAUUUGAAGAGAUGUCCUGCAGUUGGAAAAAUUGGCCGAUUUCUUGUAUCAUGGGAAAUCGAGUAAGCAACGCUCGACUUUGGAGACUCUCCAGCGUUGAACAAAAAGUAAUCAUUAAUUAGAGAAUUAUUGCGGUAGCCAUUUGGAGAUGGCUCUAGACUCAUUGCCCGUAGGAGAUUUUCAAACGUAAGUUCUUGAUUAAAGCGGUUUUCGAAUGGGAGGUAGUUAGUUGAUAGUUUUGUGGUAAUUCCCGUUACUAUUUGUUCAUGGUAAGUGGUGUAAUCUAUGAAUCUAGAAGAAUGGUAAAGCAGGAUGUCAAUCUUUUGAUCUGGACUGUUAAAUACUGGCAUGCUAUAGUUCAAAAGAUACUGUGAUCUGUUUCUAGUGCCAAUCUGAUUCGAGGCCAUAUUAGUGUCAAAUGUAAGUGUUUCUGCACCUCCAAAAAUGUUGCGCCAUUGAAGGGAUAAAUAGCCGUCUCCUUCUCCAUUGCCAACAUUGGUGCCAAUCUUCAUGAAUAGCUUUUUUACUGGCUUGAUCUUCACAUUCGCUACUAACUCAAGCAUGUCAGGGGCACUUCUUGGCAAGUUAAAAGCACUUGCAUCAAGUUGGGUGAUUACUUGUUCAACUGCUGCCGUUUUCGUAAAGUUGUAAGCUGUGGUAUCGACUUUUUGUAGAAAUGACUUCAAAGUCAACAAUCCUGGGUUUUUAAGCAAUGGACUUAACUGACGCGCAAGAAAUCUAUCUCGAAACUGCAAAUUGUCUCCGAAAACAUUGACUUGGCUUACUUUGACAGGCCGCAGCGAGUUUUCUCUCAGCAGUUCAUUGAGCAUAUUUUGAUUAUAUUCCAUGAUCACUUUCUGCCUUUUCGCCUCCAGCUCAUCAAGCUCUGUUGAUUUUCCUGGGGCAAAGGUCUCCAUAAAGCGAUCACUGUGAUCAGUCAUGGGGGAUCUUAAAAUGUUCAAGGACUUUGUAUCUGUUAAAUC